GACACCAGCUUGGAUUGUAUUAAUAGAUAUUGACAGAGUGAAAUAGAGAUCCCGAGAUGAAGUUCCUUCUGCUGAUUGCCCUUUUCGUGGUUGCUGUUUCGGCGACGGAGAACGACGACCCGAUUUCCCAGGAGUCCAAUGUGGAGUUCAAUGGCAAAUACCAUUACCAUUAUGAACUCAAGGAUGGCUCAAAGGCCACUCAGGAUGGAGUUCUGAAGUCGGUGAAUGCCGAUCACAACGGCGAGGCGGUCAAUGGAAAGUACUCCUUCGUGGCCGACGAUGGCAAGACCUAUGUGGUGUCCUACACUGCCGAUGAGAACGGAUUCCAGGCGGUGGGCGACCACCUGCCCACUCCACCACCCACUCCCGAGUCCGUUCUGAAGGCUCUGGAGUACAUCCGCCUGCAUCCCUACCAGACUCCCGAGAAGAAGAACUAAACUGCCUAGCGGAACUAAGCAAAAUGUGAUUGGAAACAAAAGAACUGAGACAUUAAAACAAUAUUUAAAAUCAACAAUGAAGAAGAUAUUGG